AUGGGCAUCGCGGAGCUCUCGGUUGAGCUGAUCGAGAUCAUCGGGGACCUGCUUGAAUAUGACCGCGAGAUCAACGCACUCGCCUGUACCAACAAGCAUUUACACAAAGUCCGGAACCCCUGGCUCUACGGAUACAAUACCAUGAGUCUCAUGGCGAUUGCGGCGAAACGCGGCCAUGAGCCGCUGGCCCGCAUGCUCCUGGACUACCUGCCGCGGAAGGGCGAUGUCGAUUUCCCGGCCGACGGGUUGCGCAGGACGCCGCUGAUCGGCGUCGCGGAGAUGGGCCGUCUCCCCGUGGUCCGCUGCCUGGUCGAUGCGGGCGCGAACCUCGAGACUCGCGACAACGACGACCAAACCCCCUUGGCGCAUGCGGCGAGAACCGGUCAUCACGAGGUGGUGGAGUUCCUUUUGAGUCGGGGUGCUGAUCCCAACGCCGGAUCUUACAGUGGAACCGCGCCGCCCAUCUCCGAAGCUGCUCACCAUGGCUAUCUCGAAUGCGUGCGGUGUCUCAUCAAUGCGGACGGCGUGAUGGAUAGCCUGCCGAGUCUGAACGAGACCAUUACACCCUCUUGUGUGCGCCGCUAG